AUAAAAAUAAUAAAUUUUUCACAAUUAACCAAAAAAAUCGUCGAUGAAAAAGCUGCAGUUAUAUUCUUCCAAAGUCAUGGAAUAAUUCCUGAAGAAAAGGAAUGCAGUAAGAAACAUCAAAUGAAACUGCAGUUUGGGAAGCAGAUCCGUUGGAGAUGCUACAUUAAGGAAUGUAAGAAAGAAUCUGGAGUACGAGUAGAAACUUGGUUUCAAGAUACCAAGAUCCUCUUCAAGACGGCAGUUUCAUUUAUUUACUGGUGGGAACAAGAACAUAUUUCCGUGGAUUUUUGCAAGAAGGAGCUGGAAAUGAACCACAAUACAAAUGUGGAUUUUAACAACUACCUCCAAGAGGUAUGUCUUUAUGUAGAAAGCAGGGAUCAAAAUCCCAUUGGAGGAAAGGGGAAAACUGUGGAAGUAGACAAAAACUAUUCGUCAGAAGGAAGAACCACUGUGGCCGCAUGCUUCAGCAACAGUGGUGUUUUGGAGGCAUCUGCAGAGAAACGAAGCCUUGCUUCGUGA